AUGGAACGGAUCUAUUGUAAUAACUGUGAAGACGAUGGAUCUGAAGAAGAAGAACAGGAAGAAUAUUCAAAGAACUGCACUAAAAUUUUCAAGGACAUACAGCUAAAAGUGGCUGCCAUUCCCGGGUUCAAAAAACAACUUGAUUCAAUUACGCAAAAUUUGAGUAUGCUUACCGAUAAAUAUGAUACAUUAAUAUUACAUGAACAAUCAAAAGUUAAAAUACAUAAGCUUGAGAAAACUGUAGCUGAUGUCAACAACGAAUACGUCUAUUUGCAAAAACAAAACACCGCCCUCGAACAAAAAUUACAUCAAUUCGAGCAGGUAUCUCGUAAACACAAUAUCGAGAUUGUAGGCGUUGAACAGCUUCCCGGUGAAAAUCUCACAGAGAUUGUCUCGAAAAUAGGCGAUAUUAUCAAUGUGAGCAGUUCGAAUAUAGAAUGGACUAGACGUACUUUCGCCUCGAUUCCGCAACCAAGACAUAAUUCGAGAAUUUUUGGUUGA